AGGAUCUCGCGGAUCUGCUGAAACCGCGAAGAUCUGAGAUGACCGAAGAAGAAGAUGGAUUGAUGAGGCUUGAUGAUUUUUGUAGUGCGUGUAGUCAUGUUCCUGUCCUCUUCAAUUGCCUUGGAUUUGCUUUCAAAUUUGCGGAGAUGGAGUACGUAGCCAAGGUUAAGGAUUUGGAGGAGGCGUCAAAAACGUUCGACACGUUACAGAACAUUCUUGAUCUAGACGUGGAGAAAGAAACGGUCAAAACACCGGGAAGCCAUUCGCGUAAUCUACGACGAGUCAGACAAGGCUUAGAUCUCAUCCGAGCCAUCUUUGAACAAUUCUUGAUCGCAGAUGACUAUUCGUUGAAAGACGCUGCGACAACAGCGUACACGGAAGUAUGCGCACCGUUUCAUACAUGGGCCGUUAGAACAGCGGUUUAUGCAGGGAUGUAUACACUUCCGACGAGGGAUCAGCUUUUGUUACGGCUCAAUGAAACAGAUCAAUCUGUUGAGAAGAACAUGAGGAGGUACAUGGAAGCAUCGCGACCUAUCAUAGAGUAUAUUGACAAGCUUUACAUUCAAAGGAACAUUAAACUUGAUUGGUAAAAACAAAAUUUUGUUCUUUUCAUCAAGUAAUAUUAAGACAAAAAUUUGUCCUUGUAAAUUAUUAUUACUAUUAUUGAUUAUUUGG